AUGGGUGCAGUAAUUAAACCAAUCAUCAACACACUACUUUUCGUGCAGUUGCUGUCGCUAUUGCUCACGGAGGCUAACGUCUUGCCAUCUUCCGUUUGCAGCAUCAAACUGUCGGAGUUGGCAGAGUGCUUUCCGGCUAUAGCCGGUGGUACGUCACCCACCGUCAAAUGUUGCAACGUCUUGCACAAAGCGAAAUUAUCGUGCUUGUGCGCCUACAAGAAAGACUUCGCUAAGUAUGGCGUUGAUCCUAAAAAUGCCUUGGCAUUGCCCAAAAGGUGUGGGAUUAAGGUUCCAAGGGCGUGUACCUUUUCUUAA